CUCUGCCUUCCUCAUCUCCCUCUCUUUUCUCCCACGGCCCAUCUGCCCCUCCUUUCCUCCAUUCCCCUCUCCGCUCCCCUUUAUUUCCACUCCCCACCCGCAGAGCUUGGCUCUCCUCCCUUCCUCCCUCUCCCUCUCUCUCCCCCUCGGCUUGUCUGUAUUUGGAGCUCCCGGAAGCCGCCGGCCACUCUCCCCAGGAGCGGCGUGACUGACACCGACUCCUACUCAGGGGGGAGGAGGAGGGGAGGAGGGCAGGCGGGAGGAGGGCGCGAGGGGCCGAGCAACGGAUCGGCAUCGCCCAGGACCAGACCGCAGGACCCCCAAACAGGAUGGCAGAGAUGCAGGGGCUUAUGGAAAGACUGGAGCAGGCCGUCGGUCGACUGGAGUCGCUGUCUGCAGGGUUACACCGGCCUCCUGGGGACUGUGGGGAAAUUAACGGUGUCAGCGGAGGUGUGGCACCCUCGGUGGAGGCCUUUGAUAAGCUGAUGAACAGCAUGGUGGCUGAGUUUUUAAAGAAGAGUAGGAUCCUGGCUGGUGACGUGGAGACUCAUGCAGAAAUGGUGCAUAGUGCUUUCCAGGCCCAGCGAGCUUUCCUUCUGAUGGCCUCUCAGUACCAACAACCCCAAGAGAACGAUGUGGCUGCACUUCUGAAACCAAUAUCGGAAAAGAUUCAGGAGAUCCAGACUUUCAGAGAGAGAAACCGGGGGAGUAAAAUGUUUAAUCAUCUCUCGGCUGUCAGCGAAAGCAUCCCUGCCCUUGGGUGGAUAGCUGUGUCCCCCAAACCCGGUCCUUAUGUCAAGGAGAUGAAUGAUGCUGCCACCUUUUACACUAACAGGGUCUUAAAGGACUACAAACACAGUGAUUUACGCCAUGUGGAUUGGGUAAAGUCGUAUUUGAACAUAUGGAGUGAGCUUCAAGCAUACAUCAAGGAACACCACACUGCAGGCCUUACUUGGAGCAAAACAGGUCCAGUAGCAUCAACCGCAUCAGCGUUGUCUGUCCUCUCCGUUGGGCCUGGCCUUCCUCCACCUCCACCUCCUCCAGGGCCACCUCCACCCUUUGAUAGUGAGGGCAGAAGAGAGGAGUCUUCUCCUUCACGCUCAGCUUUAUUUGCACAACUUAACCAAGGGGAAGCAAUUACAAAAGGGCUCCGGCAUGUUACUGAUGACCAGAAGACAUACAAGAAUCCCAGCCUCCGGGCUAACGGAGGACAAACUCCAUCUCCUACCAAAUGCCACACUCCAGGCCCCAAGUCUCCCCAGUCUCAUCCUCCUAAGAAACAUGCUCCUGUGUUAGAGUUGGAAGGGAAGAAAUGGAGAGUGGAAUACCAAGAGGACAGGAAUGACCUUGUGAUUUCAGAGACUGAACUGAGACAGGUGGCUUACAUUUUCAAAUGCAGCAAGUCUACUCUACAGAUAAAAGGGAAAAUAAAUUCCAUUACAAUUGACAGCUGUAAGAAGUUUGGCCUUGUGUUUGACAAUGUGGUGGGCAUUGUGGAAGUCAUCAACUCCAAGGACAUUCAGAUGCAGGUGAUGGGGAAAGUGCCAACAAUUUCCAUUAAUAAGACAGAAGGCUGCCACAUAUACCUCAGUGAAGAUGCGUUAGACUGUGAGAUUGUGAGUGCCAAGUCAUCUGAGAUGAAUAUACUUAUCCCUCGGGACGGUGAUUAUAGAGAAUUUCCCGUUCCUGAACAGUUCAAGACAGCAUGGGAUGGAUCCAAGUUGGUCACUGAACCUGCAGAAAUUAUGGUUUCUGAGAGACCCCCGAACCCCCUGACCUGAAUCCCCCCCAUCAAAAAAACAAACAAAUAAAAGCAGCAUUAAAGACCUAGAAGUUGCAGUAGCACCUACUGCUUUAGCUUUGGCCUCCAACAAUUCUGUGCUAUAGAAACAGCAUAAUUUCUGGCACGCCUUCGUGGGCAUUUUGGAAUAUUUAACGUUUCUUCAUGAUUUGCCUUUGUGUGUGAUUUGAGUUCCACAUGAUGACUUGUGAGCGUUAUACAUUUAAAGGAAAAAAAAGAGAACUCUGUUCCCCUCAUAUCAUUAUCACAGUAGUUAAGAGGUAAAAAUAUUGCAUGACUCACUUUUACACUUACAUUUAAUUGCUAGUUGAUAAAUAAAACCUUUGAGAAUCUAAGAUGUACAUUUUUAUCUUUCAGACAAUUUCCAUAUAUUUGGUAGUAUGCUCUAAAAAAUGUACGAUUUUUGUUUUCUUCUUUUUACCACCUUUAUCAGCAUGAAUACACUGUCAGCCUGAAUACAUAUUUCAACCCAUGUUUUUAAAACAACAUAAGUUCCGUACUAAGAACCACAUCCAGUUUCUUGGUCCUUGAAAAGACCUUUAUUCUUUGCAGUUAC